UUCAGGGUCACACAUCAGAUAUCCUGCAUAUCAGAUAUUUACAUUACCGUUCAUAACAGUAGCAAAAUUACAAUUACAAAUUAGCAACGAAGUAAUUCUAAUGUGGUUGGGAAUCACCACAACAUGAGGAACUGUACUAAAGGGUCACAGCAUUAAGGAGGUUAAGAACCACUGAAUUGUAAACCAAGCUAGCAUCACAUCUGCAGCACCUUCCUGGCUUCUGCUUCUCGCAUACUGGGAAUCCCAGACACCACUCUGGGCGAGGCUUGGUCCUUUGAUAGAAAGGUUCAUGGUUAUGCUGUCGCACAGGGGAAGGAUAUAGAUUAAAAUCAGCCAAGGAAGUCUGGUGUGGUGUCAUAGGCUCUAAUCCCAACACUUGGAAAGCAGAGGCAAGUAGAUCUCUUUGUUUUCAAGGUCUCCCUGGUCAUAGCAAUUUCCAGGCCAACCAGAGUUAUAUAAUGAGACCCUGUCUCAGGAAAAAGGAAAAAAAAAAGUGGAUAGGAGGAUUGUAAGCCCAGCCUAGGCUAUAUAGCAAGACUAUUUCCCAAAGACAACAGAAAGAAAACCAAAACAAAAAAUAAAUUUAGGGCUGGAGGGAUGGCUCAGAGGUUAAGAGCACUGGCUGUUCUUCCAGAGGUCCUGAGUUCAACUCCCAGCAACCACGUGGUGGCUCACAACCAUCUACAAUGAGAUCUGGCGCCCUCUUCUGGCCUGCAGGCAUACAUGCAGGCAGAACACUGUACACAUAAUAAAUAUUUUAAAAAAAAAUAAAAAUAAAAUAAAAUAAAAAUUUAAAACUCAGCCAAUUAGAAGACAGGUGUGGACCAGGGUCCAGUUAAGUUCCUAGCACAAACAUCUGGGUGUUCUUGCUGGUGGAGCCACGGACUGCAGUGACUUCUGGCAGCAUGGUAUGAUAAUGGACAUGGAAUACUGCAGACCAGGAAGCAUGCCUGCACCCAGAGCCCAGAGUUUCCAUGGGAUCUUGGUCAGGCAGACAUAGUUAAUCACCCUUCCAAGACUGAGCUAACAGAGUGUGGUCCAAGCUCUCAUCAUCAUCCAGAUUAUUAUCAUAGACUCUCUGGUACACCCCCCCCCAACCCCCACUUACCAGAAACUAUGUUCCCUGGCUUAGAAAUACUCCCCAAAAGCCAAGGAUGAAGACUGACAUCUCUUAGGGUAUCAACAGGGUUCUAUGUAUCCUGAGUUUUUUUUAUAUGUACCCGAAAGUGACCUUGAACUUUUGAUCCAUCUCCUGAGUGCUGAGACUACACAGCACUAGAGCUUGAACUCCAGGGCAUUGUGAAUGCUAUGAAAACUCUACCAACUGGCCAUAUCCCCUAUUAAAACGUCCUUCUGGAUUCCCAUGACGUCAGAGUGAAGUCUGUCUGGCUUACAUGGUCACUGUCCCUGGCUCCAAUCUUUGUUGGCUUUGGUUUUUGCCUACACUCCAGCUCCCAAACCUGUCCCCUUUCCUGGUGUAAGCUGUUGUGGAAUAUUUAGUAGAAGAUGUGUUACAUUCCUUUAUGCUGUGGAAUAUUUGUUUAACAUGCAAAGAUGUGUUGCAUUCUUUUUUUUUUUUUUUUUCUUGAGACAGGGUUUCUCUGUGCAGUUUUGGUGCCUGUCCUGGAGCUCACUCUGAAGACCAGGCUGGCCUCGAACUCACAGAGAUCCGCCUGCCUCUGCCUCCCAAGUGCUGGGAUUAAAGGCGUGGGCCACCACCGCCUGGCAGUGUUGCAUUCUUUUAUGUUGCAUUUGUUUAACUCUGAAACUGUUACUAUGUCUGUCUAAAACACCGGAUUCCUCUAAUAAAGAGCUGAACAGCCAAUAGCAGGAGAGGGAUAGACAGGGCUUCCAGGCACAGAGAAUAAAUAGGAGGAAAACUCUAGAGAAGAGGGAGGAGUGAGAAAAGGGGCGAGGAGGACACCAGGGGCCAGCCCCCCAGUCAUACAGCCAGCCAAGGAGUAAGAAGGAAAAAAAGAUACACAAACAGAGGUAAAAAGCCCAGAGGCAAAACGGAAUAAUUUAAGUUAGAAAAGCUGGCUAGAAACAAGCCAAGCUAAGGCUGGGCCUUCAUAGGAAUAAGUCUCUGUGUAUUUAUCUGGGAGCUCGGUGGCAGGCCCCCAAAGAGUAAAAAAAGCCUUCCCUUUUUAUCUUACCAACUCAGGUUCCACAAGCACUUAUUGAUCCAGGUCUUGUUCUAGGAGCUGGGGAUACAGCGUGAGGAUACAGGUUCUCCCUUUGACAGCUUUCAGGGACCCUUUUCAGAGUGGUGAAACCACAGGACCCGGGCACCCACGAUUUGGUCUGGUGUGAGAGCCGUGGCAGCUCCUGGUUCUGUGUAAAUUGCACUGUUUGUGUGGGUUGUCGUUAUUUUUCUCCGGAUCUGGUAGCUGUACCCUAUUCUCAGAGGUCCUCUCUCAUCCUGCAGACCCGUGCCUCCCCUCUGGGAUCAUAAGGGUCCUGGUGUCCUUCUUGCCUGCUCUGGCGGCUUUAGGCUGUCAGUCUCUGAUCCUGGGUGUGGCCUCCUCCCAAUGGCAGGAAGCAGGGCAGGCUGAGAUGCCGCGUGCCGGGAAUCCCCAGCGCAAAGGGGACACUUAACUAUCGCAGCCGGCUAAAGCGGGAGUGUCAGCGGUGGAGGUGGGAAGCUCUCAGCAGGCUCUGCUUCCCGUGUUGGGGAUGGGGAGGGGGAUGGGGCAGGGGCGGGGUCUAUUCGGAGAGAUCUGGAGGCAGCACCGCCUCCUAGGCCUAGAGCCAUCCUGUAAUCGCCUGACUGGGACCCAGCGUGUAACAGUGCCUGUUUGUGGUUGCUUCCGUUUUAGAACCCUGGGGUGCGAAUUCUAUCCCUGCCCAAGGAGCAGGGCAAGACAGGGCGCUCAGUCUGGGGUACCGGGGUCUCACUUGGUCACCAUGAGUAAUCAGGCGCGGACGCCCGCUCCCUCCCCGGCCCAGCCGAACACUCCAUCCCCGACACCGACUCCCAUCCGAACCGCGACCUCGGUCAGAACCCCAGUCCCGGCUCACAACCCGACUCCGGUCCGAACUUCCACCCGGGGCCGGGUCUCGACCCCGGCCCACAACCAGACUCCGGUCCAAACCUCCACCCCGGUCCGGGCUCCUGCCCAGGUCCCGACCUCUCCUCCAGUCCGGUUCCCAACCCCAGCCCCAGCCCCAGCUCCAGCCCCACCCCCAACCCCAGUCCCAGCACCAGUGCGGACCCCAGCACCGGUCCGGACCCCAGCACCAGUCCGGCCCCCGAAAGUAGCCCGAGUCUUUCCCACGAUCCCUCCGGCGGAGUCCUUGCCGAGCUCGGCCUCACCCGUGGCUCAGCCCUCUUCUUCCAGGCGUGCUAGCUCUGUCUCAAAGGAUCCCAUGCUCGCUCAAAAGCAGGAACCUUCGACCCACAGACUAGCGGAGGCCAUCCAGGGUCCCCUUCCGGUGCUCACUGCUGCGGCCUCAAAGACACUGGCCUCCGCUCGGGACUCCACCCCUCAGUUAGACUCCUUGGCUUCCAAUGCCAUGGCCUCCAGUACAUUGGGCCCCCCUCCGGACGCCAUCCCUGUACUAGAGUUCUUCGCCACCCAGCUAAAGGAGGCCCCUGCUCUGGGUCGGCUCCCCCCACUUUCCCCAUCACCCAGCUUCGUCUGCACCAAGGAGGUCGCCUCGACCAGCGAGAACAUCCCACCGGCCAACAGAAUUUUGAUUCGUGUGAUAUACUGUGGCCUCUGAAGCUAUGGCCUUCGGUACAUCCUUCUGAGAAAAACCCUGGAGCAUCAAUUUCCAAACCUUCUGGAGUUUGAGGAGGAAAAGGCUUCCCAGGCAACGGGAGAGUUUGAAGUGUUUGUGAACGGGAAGCUGGUUCAUUCCAAGAAGAAAGGUGAUGGGUUUGUGGAUGAGUCCAGUCUGAAGAAACUUAUGGGUAUUAUCGAUGAGGAGACCAAGAAAAGGUAGCAGCAAUAGUGGAGCUGGAGCUGAGUGAGGAGGAGUGCAAGGCCAGGAGCCGGUGUGAAAGUAAGUGAGCCGCGGCCGCGGCGGCAGGGCCACCUUCGCCAGCUCAGCCGACCCUCAUCCUUAACACCACGGCACAUCACAUCUUUUAUUUCCAUUUUACAUUGAGGGGAUGGCACACAUGAAUGUCAAGGCAUGUAUGUGGGAGUCAUCACAGUGUAGCAGCUGGGGAUUGAACUCAUGUCACCAAACUUGGCAACAAGCACCUAUACUCACUGAGCACUAUUGCCCCCCCACUCCCCUUUUGAGACAGUCUUACUGUAUAGCCCAGGCUGUCCUAGAGGCCAUUGUGUAGUCCAGGCUGCCUUCGAACUCCCAGCCGUCCUCUUGCCUCAGCCUCUUAAGUGUUGGUCUUACAGGUCUGAGCUCCCCCCUCCAGCCCUUCAACUCUUCACACACACACUCUUUUUUUUGUUUUUUUUUUUUUUGAGACAGGUUAUCACCUAGCUCAGGAUGGCCUCAAAUGUUACGAAGCUACUGAUCCACAUGCCUCUACCUCCCAGUUGCUGGGGAUUACAGGUGUGCCCACCAUUCCCAGUUUAUUAGGUUGGGGAGUGAAGCCAGAGCCUGUGCAUGCUAGGCAAGCAUUCUGCCAACUGAACCACAUGCCCCCUCCCCCUUGGCCUCAUUCCUCCUGUCUCCCUGCAGUGCUGAGGUCUGACCUGGGCCUCAUACCUGUGAGGCGAGGACUGCACCACGGAGCUGCAGCCAAAGCCUUUUUUCUUUCUUAUUUUGAGAUAGGUUCCUCCUAAAAUGACCCAGGCUAACCUUGGGUUUGCAAUCCUCCAGCCUCGGCUUUCCAUUAGUUUGGAUGACAGGCCAGCAACACUGAGCCUGGCUUGUCAAUGGGAUCAUUGAGAGAGUUCCAGGCGAGGACUCCCAGAGUGAUGGGUAAGACAUGGCUGUCACUAGGGCCCUGUGGUUAUCAGAAGAGCAUAAGAAUGUUGUCUUAUCUUCUGGUUGUAGAGUGGUGCACUCGCUUUUAAAAUUUAUGAUGGGUGUGAUAGCCACAGCACUCAGGAGGCUGAGGCAGGAGGAUUGAGACCAUCGUGGACUGCACAGACAGAGAGGCCCUGUUUCAAACAACAAGAUGUAACCAAAGCUAAAGCAUUAAAAAUCCAGUUUUUAGUUAGCCAGCCACAUGUCAACUGCUCAACAGCAGCAUGGGGCUAGCGUAUUGGGCUAGGGUUAGGUUAAUCUGUAUUGGAUUGUAGAUACAGAGCACAAAAUCAAUCCAGAGAGCUUCUAAUUCUAUUAGUAGCAUUAUUCUAAGAUAUUAAAAGAUGUCUGCAAUCAUUUACAUACCCUUUAUGCUUAGGUUUUCUUCUUGGAUUUGCAAGGGAUGGACUCCAGGAAUUUGGCUUCAUAAGCAGUUGCUCUGCCACUGAGCCACGCCCCAGCACCUCACUGGGGGAUUCUAGGCAGGUGCUGUAUUACUGAGCCACACCCCCAGCCCCUUACUGGGGGAUUCUAGGCAGGGGCUCUACCACUGAGGCACACCCCCAGUCCCUCACUGGGGGAUUCUAGGCAGGGGCUCUACCACUGAGCCACACCCCAGCCCCUCACUGGGGGAUUCUAGGCAGGGGCUGUACCACUGAGCCACACCCCCAGCUCUUCUCUGGUGCAUCCUAAGAAAGCACUCUACUUCUGAGCCUGAUAUUGAAAGUUUUUGUCUCUAAACUCUGGGAGCUAAUAAGUACUUCAGGUUGGCCUAAAACUCAAGAGUAUCUUGCCCUAGCCUCCUACGUGCUGGGAUUGCAGGUGUAGGCUGCCACUUGGUUCUAAGGGACAAGUUUUAAAAAUGGGAAUAUGAGGCCGUUAUGACACCUGAAAAAAGACUGAAUGUCUUCAUUGUACCAGGCUUUUUCUUUUGGGCCACCAACCGGCUCCCAAAUCAUGACAGAGACUUAUUAUUAGUUUUGAAUGCUCGGCCUCACUUAGGCUAGCUCUUUUAACUUAACUUAAGUUUUUCUUUAUCUAUCUUUUGCCUCGGGGGUUAUUACAUUUCUCACUUCUGUAUAUCUUCCUUUCACUGCUUCUGGUGUCUAGCUGGCUGGCGGCUGCCUGGCCUCUGGCCCUAGGCAUCUCUCUCGUUCUUUCCUCUUCCUUCUCUUGUUCCUCUCCUGAGACUAUUUAUUCUCUCUGCCCCCCAGCCCUGCCCAUCCUUUCUCUGCCUGGCUAUUGGCUGUUCAGCUUUUUAUCAGACCAAUCAGGUGCCUUAGGCAGGCAAGGUGAAACAAAUGCAACUCAUCUUUACAUAGUUAAACAUAUACUACAAAUAAACAAGCACAGAAGUAACACACCUUCACACAGUAAAAGUAAUAAUGUUAAAACAACAUUCUACAGCACUUCCUACCAUCUAAUAUCCAGUCAAGGGUCUCAAUGUUUUUUUUUAACAGCUGGGCAUGGUGGCUCAAGUUUGUAAUCCCAGCAGUGGGUAAACUGAGGCAGAAGGAAGGUCACUAGGAGUUUGAGGCCAACAUGGGCUCCAAGAGAGUUCCAUAGAGCAUUUCUCAAGAAACCAUAAAGGGGGAAGGACUAUGGAGUUGGCUUAGUGAGUAAGAGCACUGCCUGGGAAAGCAAGGGGUCUGAGUUCAACUCUCCAGCACUCAGGUAUCAAGCUGGCCAUGGCCACGUGUUCCUGUGUUUGGGGCAGAGACAUUGUGAAUCCCAGGAUCUCACUCCUAAGCCAUUCAAGCUGAAACCUGAGUUUGGGAUGCUGUGUCAAAAUUCGGGGGAGGGGCUGGGAGAUGUCUCAGGGGCUAAGAGCACUGUGUUGCCCUUGCAAAGGAUCCAAUUUGUUCCCCACAUGAUGACUCACAACAUCUGUAACUCCAGUUCCAGGGGACCUGACACGCACAGGGUACACAGACACACGUGCCAGCAAACACUCAUAUGUAUAAAACAAAAAGAAGUAAAUCUAAAAAAAAUAAGGUGAAGCGAGAUAAAAGAUAUUUGACAUUUGCCUCUGGUCUUUACAUGUAUGUGCACAGGCACACAACACAUGCCUCCAUCCAUACAACUACAUAUGUACCACACACGCCAACCACAAAAGGGCUUAGGAUAUAGCACACCAGUAGACUGCUUGCCUAGUGCGCCAUGGAUUUGACCCCCAGCACUAUAUAAGAUGGUGCACACUUGUGAUUCCAGUGCUUGGGAGGUGGAGGCAGGAGGUUCAGGGACUUGAGUUCAUCCUUGACUAUAUACAUAUAUAUGCUAUGUAUGGAAUAUAUAUGAAAAAUAUGGAAUGUAUAGAAUAUGUAUACACACACACACACACACAUAUAUGGACUCAGUAAUAUGAUCCACGGACUGCCUUAGAACACUAAGCUCUGCAGAAACACUAAUGUCUGUAUGGGGAACUGUUGAUGUUUUGUUUCUCUCCCUGCCUCAGGAACCUCAGCGGAAUGACGAGAAGGGCUGAAAUGCUGCCAAACCAGGUCCUUUUCUGAUGGUGGCUGGGGCUCCGGUGGGGUUGGGAAAGUAAAGAAAAUAUAAUCUGUUUCCCUGUGUUGGCCUCUGACAGUGUCCGCUGUCACCACACUCACACCUGGGGUCUGCGGCAGUCACCCACCGCCGUGCUCUCAGCAUCUGGUCACAACAGAGUGUGGGAGGAAGGAUGGGGAAGGGCCACACGCUAUCCUUAAGGACUCACAUGCUGAAGGCUUGGUCCCCAGGCUGGGCUGCUUUUGGGAGGUGGUGGAGACAUUGGGAGGCGAGGCCUAGUGGGAGGAAGUUAGGUCAUUGGAUGGGUGUUCCAGAAGGGGCUAUUGGGGGGAUCAGGACCCCGACCUUUCCUUUCUCUCCUUGCUUUAUUGCCACCAUGAGGUGAGCUGCGAUGCACCAUGUCACCACAGGGCCAAGGCAAAGGGCCAUGCUAUGGACUGAGGCCUUUGAAACUGUGACCAGAAUUAACCUUUCCCCCUUGUGAGCUGACUGUCUUAAGCAUUUCAUGACAGUGAUGGGAAUCUGACUAAUCUGCAGUAUCCUUGGUGUGUAAGGCUAGACCAGUUGUUCCUGGCGGUCCAGCCUUAACUCCUCAUACUGGCAAAGCCAGUUGGUUACUUUUGUCAUGGCUUCAUUUCCAACAGCCUAAUUUAAGACAUGUUUGGAAAACUUUCCAUCGCAUAGUUAAGCGUUGAAGUGUGCCGGGCAGUGGUGGCGCACGCCUUUAAUCCCAGCACUCGGGAGGCAGAGGCACGUGGAUCUCUGUGAGUCCCAGGCCAGCUUGGUGUACAGAGCAAGAUCCAGGACAGCCAGGGCUGUUACACAGAGAGACCCUGUCUUGGAAACCAAAGAGAAAAGGAAGAGACAGGGGAAGGGUACUCCGAGAGUCAGAGAUGUCCCAGGUGAUAGGAGAGCGAUGCCAGCACUCCAGCCAGUCUGCGUUCAUCAUUCACAGUGGUGUUUGUUUGUUUUGGUUUUUUGACAGUCUCACAAUGUGGUGCCAGGGUAGCCUUAAACUCAGCCAUCCUGUCCCAGCUUUGAGUGCUGGGAUCACAGGUGCCAACUAUACUUGGCCACAUAUGGCAAUGCAAUUAUGGGUCAGUCUGGAAACCAUAAAGGAAGAAAGGUUGAGCAUGUGCAGCCAUAAACACUUGGCUGCCGGGCAGAAGGAUCAAUGUAGUCGACAAUGAGAAAGCAUCCAUCUUGUGCUGAAAGAGGUAACUUGUAAAGAUUUGUGUGGGAAUGGCCCAUGUGGAGGUCAGAAGACACCUUUGGAGAGGUCUGUCCUUUCAGCUUCAUAUGGUUCCAGGGAUCACCAGGCUUCCUGGCAAGCCCUUUACCCACUGAGCAAUCCUGCCAGACAAAUUGCCCAGGCUGGUCUCAGCUUAGACCUUUUUAUUGUUUGAGGGUCUCACUAUGUAGCCCUGGCUGUCCUGGAACUUAUGUAGAUCAGGCUGGCCUCAAACUCACAGGGAUCUGCUUGCUGCUGUGUCCUGAAUGUGUGUGCCACCACAGCUGGACCUUGGCAUCUCAACCUGCCAAGCCAUCACACCCAUCUAGGACUAACUCUUUGGUGACUUUUAUGUAGAUUUGGUGAAUAAAGGCUAUGGACUGGUGGUUCAUCGAAAACUGAAACCAAAUGGCUCUCCCAUAUUGAAAACAGCCCUCCCCCACCUGCAGUUAGUGGAGAGAUGCAAACAUUAACUGGCAGGGCCAAGUGCAUUUUCGAUGUUAGUUUUUCCUAACGCAGAGUCUGAAGGACGGGGCUGGGUAUAGAGAAAGGUAUAGAGAAAGAGUUCCUGGGUGGAUGAGGUACACAGAGGCCCAGAGAGGCUGGGAUCACCUAUGAAAACACCACCACUUUGCCCUUUAACUGCUUCCAUUCAUUCAUAAGUUUUCUCUAUGAAAAGAGCAAGCACACACAUGCACAGAACAUUACAGACACAAUGUAUGCCAGGCGGCGGUGGCGCACACCUUUAAUCCCAGCACUCGGGACACAGAGCCAGGCGGAUCUCUGUGAGUUCAAGGCCAGCCUGGUCUACAGAGCGAGAUCCAGGACAGGCACCAAAACUACACAGAGAAACCCUGUCUCAAAAAACCAAACCAACCAACCAAACAAACAAAAAACAAAAAACUGCUAGGCACAGUGGCACACACCCUUAGUCCCAGAACCUGGGAGAUGGAUCAGGAGUUCAUGAUCAGCCUCAGUUCUGUGAAACCCCUUCUCAAAAAAACCAAAACAAAAACCAUACACACACAAAAGCGAGGCAUGAGGCAGAGGCAGGAGGAUUUUUGUGAGUUCAAGGCCAACCUGCUUUACCACAUAGAAGUUCUAGGCCAGCCAGAACUACAUAGAGAGACCCUGUUUCCAACAAACAAAAAAUGGAGACUGGAGAGAUGGCUCUGUGGAGUGGGUUGAGUUCCCAGCACCCACAUGGGGGCUCCCAGUUGCCUGUAAAUCUAGUUCUGGGGAUCCCA